AUGGAUAAAAGAAAUCAAAUGACAACUUUAGAAUCAUUACCAAAUGAAAUUCUACUGAUGAUAUUUCGAUACAUCAAUAGUAUUGACCUUCUUCUUUCAUUUAAUGGACUUAAUUCUCGUUUCAACGCUCUUCUUAACAAUCAAUAUUAUCCACAUUGUUUUAUCUUUGAUUCUAUCUCAAAACAUACAUUCGAUACAAUUUGUCAAGACCAUUUACCAUUCAUGGCUAAUCGAGUUAUUUCUUUACACUUUGGAAAUAAUGAACAUGGUUAUACAAAACUCAGUCUCUUUCGAUCAUAUAUCCCAUCAUUUAUAUCAUUUACUCAACUACGAUCACUUACAUUUGAAUCUAUUGUAUCAUAUGAAAUGCUGAGAAAUAUAAUUAAUGAAUGCCAUCAACUUUCUCAUCUUAGUUUUUUGAAAUUUAUUAUGUGUAAACUGGAAGAUAAUGAUACCGAUAUGCAAUUGGUUGUUGAUAAUAUUUGGAGUUUACCUAAACUUACCCUUUGUACUCUUGAUAUUCGUGGUGAGGAUUUUGGUUUUCUAAACGACGAACACUUUUGUAUGCCAAAGACAGUUUCAUUAUCUAUGGAAUACUUAGAAAUAAGUAUGAUGUUUAAUUUCAAAGCAAAUGAGAUAAAUCAUCUGAUUAAACAAACACCUCAUCUCAAACAUCUUUCUGUAUGUCCAACGUUUACUAAUGCUCUGACCAAUGUGUCGAUCAUAUAA